CAAUGCGGGCAGGUACAUCAGGUAUCUUGUAUAUCACUUCAUUACAGCUGUUGCAUAGCCGCGACGCUUAGGCUCAGGUUUCAGUGAAGCCCUUGCACCACGCACAUAACGCACUUCUGAGAGCUUUUAACUACCAGUAUAGCAUAAACUAACAACUAAAUCCUAUCUGGCUCAAAUAACCCCAACUUUCUCGGACUUUCGUUACAAGCCGCCGAAAAUGUCAGGCAAAAGCAAGUCCCGUGAAAUGCUGGAGGUCCCAGCAGUUGACCCUAUGGAGCGGAAGCUGGCCAACCUCACGCGCGAGCGGCCGUCUAUCGGCCCUGCGCCGCGCAGUGCGAUGCUGGAGCAGCUCGCGGCGUUCCUGCCCCAGAUGGCCAAGGAGAACCAGAAACUGCAGCAGGAGCUGCAGAGCCGACCCGCAGCUGAGUUUGACAUUGAGGCGGUGGACGAGGAGGCGGAGGGACCCUACAUCGAGAUGGACCUGGCGUGCGGCGUGCUGGAGCUGCGCGAUGCGGCGGCACUGGCGGCGGCGGAGCGGGCCAUGCAGGGGCAGGGCGGCUUGGAGCUUGGGGAGGGCGGGGCAGCGGAGGCGAGCAGCAGCAGCAGCGAUGACGAUAGCGACGACGACAGCGACGAGGACAGUGACGAGGACAGUGAAGAUGCGAGCGAGGGGCAGGCGGCGGCGCAGGCGGCAGCGGCUGUAGCAGGGCGGCACCACAGCAAGGCAGCAGGAGCGAAAGCGGGCGGAGGCGGGCGGCGAGGCGGGGGCGGAGGCGUGGAGGUGCAGGAGGCGAGCGAGUCUGAGCCGAUGGAUUGCGAGGACGAGGAGGGGCAGGGGCAGGGGCAGGACGAGAGCGGGCCGGGGGCAGCCGCGGGGCCGGGGCGGCCCGGGCGUGGCGGGCCGGCGCGCGGGGGCCUGGUGGGCGGGCGGCGGCGGAAGGUGGCGGCUAAGCGGUCAAAGAUGAUUGAAGAGUUAUGAUGCAACGCAGCCACAAUGCUGCGCUGUGCAAGCAAUGUAUACCGUACCGUAUAGUGUUGAUUUGGAGUCGGACGGGAGGACGAGCGUGCCUGUGCUGCGUGUGCAUUAUGUGCUGUAGAGGUGGAGGCGGAUGAGGGAUUGAGACCACAAGUUCACUUGUAGACUAGCGCUGUGUGCUGUAAGGAUUCCAGGUUAGCCGAGGGGUGCAUGGGCUGAGGCUUGAUGGCGGGGGUUGAGGUAUGCUGAGGAGCACGUGCUUUGAUGGGCACGACUGGCGCAAUGCUGAGGAGCACGUGCUUUGGUGGGCACGACUGCCGCAUCCAUAACUAGAUCGGCUGCGCUUAGGGCACGCGCCAAGGCGCAAGUCCACAGAUUACGUUACUGCAAUCGAAGCCAUGCAGAGCUGCAAGUCUGUGACGUGUCCGUUGUUGUCAACUUCCUGAAGCGGGCGUGCGGAGAGCAGAGGGAUGGCAAGGGGCUGUCUAGAGUCCGCAAGCGCUGGGGUCAGGGCCAGUCGGCCAGGUCAAUCUA